CACGCGCAUGCCCUCUCCGAUUUUUUUUCUUUUCUUUUCUCAACCCGAUUUUCCACCCCGAACGCGGAAGUCGGUGGACGUGACGCACGCUAUCAGAUGGGGACUGUGAAAUAAAAACAAAAACAUCGCUUUAUACAGUCGGGGAAAGACGAGAUUUGGAUUAGUGGUUCUUUCCAUCAUGCCGGUGCUGGUGGACAGACUUCAGCUUCAGAGAGUGUGAGCUCCACUGAACUGCGGGGAUGAACAUGCCAUUGCACCAAAUCUCUGUCAUCCCUCGUGAUGUCACUUCCUCCCGGGUGUCCAGCAGCGGGAAGGCAAAGGAAAAGGACAAACAGAAUGAGAAACCGCUUGGUCAUUCUGCAAGCAGGUCCAGCAACAUUUCAAAGGCAGGAAGUCCGACCUCCAUGAAUGCUCCCUGCAGCUUCCCCCGGUCUUCAGUGACGCCCUCGAACCAGGAUAUAUGCAGUUCUAAUGACCUCGCUCAGGACCUGGGCUCACAGAGGCCCUUACAGGCCACUGUAGUGCUGUUGAACUCUAAUGGUAAAAGCUCAGCAUCUCAGGGUGUCACCAUGACCACGCUCUGCCUGGACUCGCCCACCAAACCCAAAAAUAGAACCUUGUUUGGCACAGAAUGGCUCUCCCUACUCAAACCAUCAGUCAACUUGAAACCGGAAGGAGGCAAUCUGAAGUUCUCAAAGUCUCUGAAUGAUGUGGGACAAAAGAUGGACAGCCUAUGCAGCGGUCUUCACUUUAUAGACCGCACUUGUUCGGACGGGGAGCUGGGAGUGGAGAAAGAACAACUCAUGCAAGAUGGCCACAUCAAAGCCCUCAAUGGUCAAGCCAACUCUCCCCCUCUGUUUGCUUCUCAGCCUCCGUCUUUCCUCAACAACUACAAAUACAUCUCCAACCCAAGGCCUGAGAACUGCCUGGCUCCCCCUGCUCCUCCCCAUUCAGACCUUCAAAGAAGCUCCAACUUCCUGCGCCUCAUCUUUCCGCUCACCCGCUCUUCCACCGCGGGAAGUCUGCGGGCGUCUGAGAUGGGAAGCUACGCUUCAAAGCUCCACAUCACCAAGUCAUCCAGCGCCAUGCUGGACGCCAGUGAGUCUUGCUGUAUGGAGGAGAUGGGAGACGACGAAGUGUUCGAGGAGGAUUCGACCCGGUGGAAGCUGAAGAUGGAGGGGUUACGGGCUCCUCUUUGCUCUCUCGAGGAGGACAGCGACUUGGAUCAAUGCUCCUCUCCGCUGUCUGAGAAAAACGGGCCGCUGUCGCCCUACUCCCUGUCGGGGGACUGCUGCAGGAUUUGUCACUGUGAGGGGGAUGAUGAGAGUCCACUGAUAACACCCUGUCACUGCACUGGGAGUUUGCGGUUUGUCCAUCAGGGCUGCCUGCAGCAGUGGAUCAAAAGCUCAGACACGCGCUGCUGCGAGCUCUGCAAGUAUGACUUCAUCAUGGAGACCAAGCUCAAGCCACUCCGCAAGUGGGAGAAGCUUCAGAUGACCGCCAGCGAGAGGAGGAAGAUCAUGUGCUCGGUCACUUUUCACGUCAUCGCCAUCACAUGUGUCGUCUGGUCGCUCUACGUCCUCAUUGACCGCACGGCAGAGGAGAUCAAACAAGCGGGGAGAAUACCAGGAAUAUUGGAAUGGCCUUUUUGGACCAAGCUGGUGGUGGUGGCCAUAGGCUUCACGGGCGGACUGGUGUUCAUGUACGUGCAAUGCAAGGUCUACAUCCAGUUGUGGAAGAGACUCAAGGCCUACAACAGAGUAAUAUAUGUGCAGAACCGCCCAGAGACCUGUAAAAAGAACGUUUUUGAUAAGCCCUCCCUUCUGGAACCCAACUUGGAAAAUAAAGAGGCGCUCGGGCCGGCGCAGUCGGACACAAACUCUUCCCAGUACACAGAGACAGAGGACUACAGUAUGGAGAUCCUGCACGUGUGAUCGCUUGGCACCACAUAUACCCCCCCCCCCCCCCCACCCCUUCUAGAGGACCGGCUGGGGCGUCGCAUGCUCCGGGACACACGUGGAUGCCACACGGCACUGGGCACGAGGACUGAGACUGAACUUGUUUCGUUGUUUAGAUGUUAUUUUCUCUUUGUUCGUUUGUCCGAUCUGUCCCUGUAAGUUGUUGGCUAACCAUAAAGAAUCGGUGUGCGCUAGAUCUCGGAUCAUUCCAACUACUGCCAUUGUACUGCUGUCGUACAAGAGUUGAAAUCCACCGUCGAGCCGUGUGUGUGUGGACGUGUCUGCGCUGGUUCUGAUGGAGCCCAUGCAUAUAAGCACUUUUUAUUUCCCUGUCCUAAAGUCCCCUGUUUUAAUAAUAUAUUCAGCUCCUUUCUACGUGGACAAGACAUUAAAACAAACUUGAAGUUUUGUGGGCGACAUCUCACAUUUUAUAGGUGCAUUUGUAUCUCCACAGACCCCCUCGGAUGGAACAAAAAAGGAAUCUGAAGGAGCAAUGAGGGAACAUUUAUGUACUGUUAUGUAUCAUUCCACUUCUUUAGAAACAUUCUGAAGUUAGUCAUUGUGAAAUUGACACGACCUAGGCUUUAUUUUAUAUCAGCUGAUUACUAAAUAAUACGGAUCAUCUAAUUACAACAUUUAUCCUAUCAAGGGCUAGAUUUACUAAAGUGCGAUGCUACAGUUCUUAGCAUGUGCAAAAAUGAUCCCAUACGGUGACUAGUCACUGGCAAUGCUGCUGAUUUUUGCAUUUGCUGAAGACUUGACUGCAUUAGUGAAAGACUUUAGUAAAUCAGGCCUUAAAGUGUAUGUUGCGAAUGUAAAGAAUUCAAAUUUCUCCCUGAGGGAAAUUAACUUCAUUGUAGCAUCAUGAAUCAGUCAUGAUUUGUGUGUGUGUGUGUGAAAGAGAUUUACCUUCAUUAUGAAUUUUACCUGCGGGAAACUUGCAAGUUAAAUAAAUCCAAGUUUUCCGAUUUAAUUUCUCUCUCUUUUUUUUUUUUUCUUCAGAAAAAUGAUUAUCAAAGAUCUGCCCGCUUCUGGCAUUCCUGCAUUGCUUCAGAGUUGAUUUUAAAUCGCAACUUGAAUAACAGAAAUGAUGUUUUAGCAAUGAUGACUUGAACUAUUUAGCAAGCGUUCUGCUUGUUUUCUUUGGUUUUAAAAACAAUCAUAGCAAAUUUCCCAUAGGUGUAAUUUCAGGUUUGUAUUUAUUCUGAGUAUUGUAUAGCGUUUCAAUGGCUUUAAAUGUUGGAAAAUAGCCAUGUUAGUUUUGGCCUUCAUUCUUAAUUUUGAUUGACAUCCCCAUUGGCAAUGAUCAUGUACAUGGGCUGUGCUUCUUAUAAACUCUAUUGGAAUGAAUACUUUUUCAUGAUCUGAUAUGUUCACAAGGUACAGGAUACUUCUGCCAUCUAGAGCUACUGCACAGAAAAUGCACAUUCAAAAUUUUUUAACCUCUUCUGACUGGCUUUGUGCCGUUCGACCAAUAAAAGAUGCUCAAUGUUCAGUUUGCUAAUGCCGUAGCUUUUGUAUUCCUUAUCAAGUCUAUCUUUUUUUUGAAACUCGUCGUCUUAAGUUGGGUCCGUCUGUGUGCGACCAGGCAUAUUCUUUGGAUAACGUCACAAUGUAUGCACUACAACAAUGAAAUAAUGCAACCCUGUCAGCUCUCAUUUUAUGUGAAAAUACGUGGAAUAAAACUACUGUCGUUGGGCUCGGCAUUGCUUUUAUGGUUUGCCAGGCCUCGUAUGAAUCCUUUCCAGCUCGGUUUAAAUCCCCAUAGCCUAGAGAUAUUUGACAUUUCACUCAGUUUUAUGGCAGAUUCAGUGUAUACAUUUACCCAAGUUUUGUUUCAUUUGAUAUAGCAAAUUUGUAAAACAACGGGAGCUGGCUCCUUUUACUAGUUAAGUGAACACCUUAACAGAUACACAUUUUCCAGAAUCUCUUUUUUAGCACUGCACUGCAUCAUAUUUUGAUGGAUGUGUUUUAAAGCGCAGUAAUAGUCUUUUUUUUUUUUCUUCUUCUUUUUUUUUCAUGGCUCAUCAUAGAAGUGUUCAGUGCAUCAAACUGCAGUGCAUUACUACUGAAUUGGCUUGAACAUGAAAAACAUGACUGUUUCUUGCAUCUCCCUUAUUUCUUGUAAUUUUUCUCUAGUAGUAAAUAGUUUCUCUAAGCAUUUUUGAGGAUUAAAAAAAACAACCAAAUAAAGGAAAUAUAGAAGUUUUCACCAGCCUUGUGUUGUAUAAAAUGUUUUUGUUUUUUUUAAAUGACUGUAAUAACGGUGAUUAAAGAUCUGAAAACUGCCUGGAUAUGUUGAAGAUUAUUUCCCAUAGGAAAAUUCAGUGAAAUUCUCAGUUGGUCAUUUAUAUGUGUUGUCAAGGCCUUUUAUAAACACUGUGUCAAAUAGAUAACAUCAGUGGAUUUGAUCAAGCAUUUCACGUUGUGGCUUUCUCAGUGGAUAAAUACUGGUUUUGUGAAACUGAAAAGGCUGUAAUUUACAUGUAUAGUUUUGUAUUUUAUGUAUGUUUCUCUUUUUUCUCCUCAGUAUUACCACCUUUAUCCGGAUGAUUUUAGUUUCUUCGCUGAGAUAUGAGUGACUACAUUUGUGCUGUGUUUUUAAGGGAGACUGAGUGGAGCAAUAAAAGAAAUCUUAAACUA